CCCCGGCCGGGGAGGAUGGGGAACCGGGAGGGAGGAGGAGCGGGAACCGCCGCCGCCGCUGCCGCCGCCGCCGCCGCCACCGCCGCCACCACCGAGCCCUCUCCCUUCGCUUCUUCCCGGGCUGUCCGGGAGUCGUCCGGGGCCCCGAGCGGGCGACCGCCUAGCCCGGCCGCCUGCCUUCUGGGAGCGCUGCACCUGGUGAUGAGCCUCAUCGUGGCGGCGGCGCGGGCCGAGAAGGAAGCAUUCAUUCAGUCGGAUAGCAUAAUAGAAGUGCUACGUUUUGAUGAUGGAGGACUUUUACAGACUGAGACAAUUGGACUCAAUUCCUAUCAGCAGAAAAGGGAUAUGAUUUUUCCCCUGAGGACUUCUUUAGCUGCAUCCCAGAAAUUUUGUGUAUCCCUAUACCGGGGGAACUGCAGACCUAUACGGUUUGAGCCACCAAUGCUAGACUUCCAUGAACAACCAGUUGGGAUGCCAAAAAUGGAAAAAGUUUACCUUCAUAAUCCUAGUUCUGAAGAAACUAUUACUUUAGUAUCAAUAUCUGCUACAACGUCACAUUUUCAUGCAUCAUUUUUUCAAAAUCGGAAAAUUCUUCCAGGAGGAAAUACAUCAUUUGAUGUAGUUUUUCUUGCCAGAGUAGUGGGAAAUGUAGAAAAUACUUUAUUUAUUAACACAUCUAAUCAUGGGGUAUUUACAUACCAGGUAUUUGGUGUUGGUGUUCCAAACCCAUAUAGAUUGCGCCCAUUUAUUGGGGCCAGAGUUCCUGUAAAUAGCAGUUUUUCACCUAUAAUCAAUAUUCACAAUCCUCACAGUGAACCUUUACAGGUAGUAGAAAUGUAUUCAAGUGGUGGUGAUCUCCACCUAGAGCUUCCAACAGGUCAACAAGGGGGUACUAGAAAACUAUGGGAAAUCCCACCCUAUGAAACGAAGGGAGUGAUGAGAGCCAGUUUUUCAUCUAGAGAAGCAGACAAUCACACAGCCUUCAUUAGAAUAAAAACCAAUGCUUCAGACAGCACAGAAUUUAUCAUUCUUCCUGUUGAAGUUGAAGUUACGACAGCUCCUGGAAUUUAUUCCUCAACUGAAAUGUUAGAUUUUGGUACACUGCGGACACAAGAUAUGCCAAAAGUUUUAAACCUUCAUUUACUAAAUUCAGGAACAAAAGAUGUACCGAUAACAAGUAUUCGACCCACACCACAAAAUGAAGCUAUAACUGUAAAUUUUAAGCCAAUCACAUUAAAAGCUUCAGAAAGUAAAUACACCAAAGUUGCAAGUAUUAGUUUUGAUGCAUCAAAAGCAAAAAGAACAUCUCAGUUUUCUGGAAAAAUAACUGUUAAAGCAAAAGAGAAGAGUUAUUCUAAACUUGAAAUUCCAUAUCAGGCAGACGUUUUAGAUGGUUACUUGGGAUUUGAUCAUGCUGCCACGUUAUUUCACAUCCGGGACAGUCCUGCUGACCCUGUAGAAAGACCCAUUUAUCUUACUAACACUUUCAGUUUUGCAAUCCUCAUUCAUGAUGUGAUGUUGCCGGAAGAAGCCAAAACAAUGUUUAAAGUACAGAAUUUCAGCAAACCAGUCUUAAUACCUCCAAAUGAGUCAAGAUAUAUUUUUACCCUAUUUUUUAUGCCUUCAACAUCAUCUAUACAUAUAGAUAACAAUAUUUUACUUAUUACCAAUGCUUCAAAAUUUAAUUUACCUGUACGGGUAUACACAGGCUUUUUAGAUUACUUUGUGUUGUCCCCCAAAAUGGAGGAACGCUUUAUAGAUUUUGGCAUACUUAGUGCUACAGAAGCAAGUAAUAUGUUAUUUGCAAUCAUAAACAGCAAUCCAAUUGAGUUGGCUAUUAAAAGUUGGCAUGUUAUAGGAGAUGGUCUAACAAUAGAACUUUUAACUACGGAGAAAGGCAACAGAACUACUGUUAUCUCAAUCCUUCCAGAAUUGGAAAACUCCCCUGUGCCAGAUCAGUCAUCAGUAAUAUUAACUUCUGGCUAUUUUGCUGUAUUCAGAGUAAAAUUAAUUGCAAAAGAACUUGAAGGGAUUCAUGAUGGAGCCAUACAGAUAACAACAGAUUAUGAGAUCUUAACGAUUCCUGUAAAGGCUGUGAUUGCAGUGGGUUCCUUGACUUGCUCCCCAAAGCACAUUGUUCUUCCACCUUCCUUUCCAGGUAAAAUAGUUCAUCAAAGUUUAAAUGUUAUGAGUUCCUUCUCACAGAAGGUAAAAAUACAGCAUAUACGUUCAUUGUCAGAAGAUGUGCGAUUUUACUACAAGCGACUAAAGAGCAAUAAAGAAGAAUUAGAGCCAGGGAAAAAAUCUAAGAUAGCAAACAUUUAUUUUGAUCCUAGUUUACACUGUGGGGAUCAUUGCUAUGUUGGAUUGCCUUUCCUGUCCAAAUCUGAACCUAAAGUACAACAUGGCCUAGCAAUGCAAGAAGAUACCUGGGAUUCUGAUUGGGAUUUGCAUGAAAACUUAUUCAGAACAUGGACAGGAAUAAAAGACAAUGCAGGUCACAAGUUGACCACCAUGUUUGAAGUGGAUACAGACCUUCAGAAAAAUGUAGUAUCAAAAAUUACCGCAGAACUCUCCUGGCCGUCUAUACUUAGUUCACCUCGAUUUUUGAGUUUCCCACUUACAAACGUAAAUAGCUCUUCCGAAGAAAAAAUUGUUCUAGAAAACCCAGCAGAUGUUCCUGUCCAUGUUCAAUUUGUUCCCAUGGCUUUGUAUUCUAAUCCCUCAGCCUUUGUAGAUAAACUCCUGGAAAGGUUUAACUUAAGUAAAAUGGCAAAUUUAGAUUUGAGAACAUUAGAAUUCCAAGUCUUCAGAAACUGUGUUCACCCAUUGCAAAGUACGACUGGAUUUUCUGAAGGACUGUCUCGACAUUCAGUUUUAAAUAUAAUUUUAAAACCUGGAGAAAAGAAAUCUGUCAAAGUAAAAUUUACACCAAUUUUCAACAAAACCGUUGCUUCAUUAAUCAUAAUCAGAAAUAAUUUAACUGUGGUGGAUGCUCUAAUGGUACAAGGACAAGGAACAACUGAAAACAUGAGGAUUGCGGGCAAGCCUCCAGGUCCAGGAAGUUCCUUACGGUUUAAAAUCACAGAAGCAUUAUUGAAAGAUUGUUCAGUUAAGAUGAAAUUAAAAGAACCAAAUUUCACACUGAAGAGAACAUUCAAAGUUGAGAAUACUGGACAACUUCAAGUUAAUGUAAAGUCCAUUGAAAUCAGUGGCUAUGCAUGUGAAGGAUAUGGAUUUAAGGUUGUCAAUUGUCAAGAGUUUGUACUAGGUGCCAAUGCCUCUAAAGACAUUGUUAUAUUGUUUACACCUGAUUUCACUGCCUCCAGGGUCAUUCGUGAACUGAAGUUCAUAACGGCUUGUGGCUCCGAAUUUACUUUUAUAUUGAAUGCAUCCCUUCCAUAUCAUAUGUUAGCAACAUGUGCAGAAGCCUUGCCCAGACCCAACUGGGAAUUGGCAUUGUACAUAAUCAUCUCAGGAAUAAUGAGUGUACUCUUUCUCUUGGUAAUUGGAACAGCCUACUUAGAAGCUCAAGGAAUUUGGGAGCCAUUUCGAAGACGUCUGUCAUUUGAGGCUUCAAACCCUCCCUUUGAUAUGGGAAGACCGUUUGAUCUCAGGAGAAUUGUUGGUAUUUCAUCUGAAGGAAACUUGAACAGUCUUGGAUCUGACACCAAUCACAGUUCCGGUAGAGGAAUCUAUGGAACAGGAGGUUCCUCAUCCAGAUCCAGUUCAGGAAAUCAUAAGCACUGCAAUCCAUCGGUUCAUCUGCACAGCAGUAGAAACUCAGCUGAUGUUGAAAAUUACAAAUCUAAAAACAAUUCAAACAUUACCAGCAGGACUUCUACACAGUCUGCUAACAGAACAGGUACCCUAGUCUUGGAUUCAAAUACAGUAACACAGAGUCAUACAGCAGGCAGAAGGUCCAAAGGAGCAAAGCAGAACCAGCACCACAGUCAGGUCCUGCUGGAGCAGCACUCCCCACCUCCACCAACAGUGCCUCAGCAACUGGAGCAUCAUCCCGAAAGCUCCAUGCCCCCUCCACCACUUGCUCACCCUUCCCACCCAGAGUGUGCCAGCAAUUUAAGACACAGCUCAGAAGAUUCAGAUAUCACCAGUCUUAUAGAAGCCAUGGACAAAGAUUUUGAUCACACUGAAUCCCCUUCAUUAGAUGUGUUUCCAGACCAACCUCCAUCUCCAAUGUCAAAAAACAAAGGGAAAAGCAAGCCUCCUCAGCGCAAAGUCAAACCACUCAAGAAACGAGAGGAGAAGGAGAGAAGAGGAAAGGGGAGGCCACAAGAGGACGAGUUGAAAGAUUCUUUGGCUGAUGAUGACAGUUCUUCUACCACCACAGAAACCUCAAAUCCUGAUACAGAACCACUUCUAAAAGAGGAUCCAGAACGACAAAAAGGAAAACAACCUGCGCCUGACAAACAGGGAAGUGAAAUGUCUCAAGUGAAACAGAAAAGCAAAAAGCUCUCAGCAAAUGUGAAAAAAGAGACCCCAGCAGACGUAAAACCCCUCAGUUCAUUGGAGCUACCAUAUACCCCACCAAUGGAAAAUAAACAACGCAAAAACCUCCCAACCAAGAGUACUCUUCAGCAGCAUACAUUGACAAGUGGAUCUAAAUCACGAAAUCCACAGAAAACAAGAGGUACAAAUAAUAAGUUAGUGGACAACAGGCCACCUGCCCUAGCAAAAUUUCUCCCUGGUGGUCAAGAACUAGGCAACACCAGCAGCUCAGAAGGGGAAAAAGACUCUCCCCCACCAGAGUGGGAUUCUGUGCCAAUUAAUAAAACCGGCAGCUCUACUGAUAGUCUUUAUAAAUUGUCUCUGCAAACCCUCAACGCAGACAUUUUCUUGAAGCAACGACAGACCUCACCAACACAUGCCUCUCCAUCUCCACCCCCUACAUCUUUCUCCUAUGUGCCCCGAGGAUCUUACAGCAGUAUUGUCAACAGCAAUACCAGCAAUGAAUCAGAAAUGAAGCAGCCUAAUGGUAACAAACACAAAUUGUCAAAGACAGCUUCACUUCCAGGCAGGAAUGGUAAUCCUACAUUUGCAGCUGUUGCAGCAGGUUAUGACAAGAGCCCAGGUGGGAGUGGACUAACAAAAGUGUCUUCAAAUAAAGCAGAUAUUUCUGGCAGUAUCAGCAUUUCACAUACACCCGUUGACAGUGAUGGCUCAGACAGCUCUGGUUUGUGGAGUCCCAUCAGCAACCCAAGCAGUCCUGACUUUACACCUCUCAAUUCAUUCUCAGCCUUUGGGAAUUCUUUUAAUCUAACUGGCGAGGUUUUCAGCAAGCUUGGGCUGUCUCGGUCUUCCUUCAGUCAGGAUACCCAAAGAAAUUGGAGUGAAUUUAGCCACGUCCCCUCCUACCUUUGGGACACUUCAACCACCGACUCUGCCCCUUCUUGGCCCACUAGUUCAGGUUCCCCAACUCAUACGACUUCGUCAAUCCUCGGCAACUCCAGUAGCCUGUGGUCCACCUCCACCCCGUUUAGCAAUUCCAUUUGGUCAAGCAAUCUCAACAGUUCCCUUCCUUUCACCACGCCAGCUAAUACACUGUCAAGCAUUGAUCUGAUGGGUAAUGAAAACUCCCCCACUCCUCCUACCACUACUCUCCCCAACCCAGCUGAUGAUAUGGGACAGACCUAUAAUCCAUGGCGUAUAUGGAGUCCAACAAUUGGAAGAAGAAGCUCAGAUCCUUGGUCUAAUUCACACUUUCCUCAUGAGAAUUAAAAUUGGGUAAAAAAAAAAAAAGGUACUCAUCCAGAUCAUGAUAUGCCAAUUUUUGAGACAUCUUUAGGCUAUUAUUCUCACUGCUUCCCACCCUCUCCUCCUCUCAUCCAUCCUGCCUUCCCUUCCCAGUCCAUACCCUUGCAAAACAGUUAUGAACAAGUCAGGCUUUUUAUCACUUUGUUCCUUUCAAAUCUUUCUUGCAAUUAUGAUAGUGUGAGAUUUGCUGUUGUGCUUAAGAAAAAGUCUGGGUUUAGCCACCACCUCUAAUGAGACCUGUAAAUCUGAGCAACUUCGUUAUUAUCAAAAUUUUUGUCAUCAGUCCUUUUAUUUGCUGUACAAACAAAAAUUGGACAUUACAUCUAAAGAAAUAAUUUGAGUUAUUCAGAAGUCCUGGCAUGUGACAGUUUUAUUAAAUUAACAGGUUUGGUUCUUAAAUAAUUUUUCCCAGUAUUAUGCGCCAAAAUCUAAUUUAAAGAAAUAUAUACGCACUUUGUGCUGAAAAUACAGAGUAUUUUUUUAAAGUAAGGCUGUCUUCAUUUAAAAGCAGAUUACAGAAAUGUAAGACAAUGUCGAGCAAAAGUGGAUGAAUGUAAAAACAUUCUGUUGAGACCAUAGACAUUUUCUGUGCUGUUUGUACUUGAGGUAUGGAACAUUUGUAAACCUGAAUUCAUUUUAAAGUUGAACUGAAAUGCACAUAACCAAGUCUUGAGAUACAAGAUUGAAAUGUGUAUUUCUUAAAAUACAACUUUGCAUUGUACUUUGAAAUAAAUGAUGCUUUUUUCAAAA